GGCCUGGAGAAUGUCGGGAAAUGUAGUGCUGAGCCCCGAUGACUGUCGGGUAAUGUGGUCCUCAGCGAAUGUCAACUUGGCGUCAAACUAAUAUCCGGAGUGUGUAAAGCGGGCGGUAUGGAGCUGUCCGCUCUGGAGACCGUGUGUGCAGGCUCCAGUAUAGCCCUGGCCGGGCUCUUCUACUACUUGUACCGGCAGCAGCAGGCGGCAGUGAGGGGGAUAAAGACAGCUCCUAAGCUCCAGGUGGGCGCAGACCUGAGGACCCUGCUGGAAUCCUCCCGGGAGCUGAGCUAUGUGGUGCUGCAGGGAAGGGUUGAAGCUGCCAGUACUCCCCUCUGCAGUCAGAACCAUCCACAUCUCCUGGCUGUGAUUCAAAAGAACCAGGUGGUGGAACACCGUCUCUUCUGGAACAGCCUUACUAAAAGCUGGAGUGAGUAUGUGAAAGUACUUUUCAAGAGUGUGAAGUCGGUCCCCUUCCAUUUGCAUCCUUUGGAGGAUGGUGAUGAAUCGGUGCUUGUAUGUGAUCCGCUGAAUGCAACUCAUCUGACUUUGGAAACUGUUUAUGAGCAGUUUAACUAUGCCCAUCUGAGCCUUGGCGAUCUCUUGGGACAUUACCUGAGUGGAGAAAAGCCCACAGGCUUGUUAGAAACCGAGGAGAUUCUUCCCGUGGGAGCUGUACUGACUGGACUAGGAAAACUUGUAUUACAGCAGGAUGGGCUCAUUACUCUACAACCUCCCCAAAAUGGAUGUAAGUAUGUUUUAUCUCUUUCAGGAUAUGAGGAUAUAUUAAAAGAACAAGAAUCCAUAGCGUCCCUUUGGAAAGAAGGGUCAUUGCUCUGUGGAGCUCUGGGGGCUCUUGUCCUCUGCAUCGCUUUAUAUCGGGCCUAUCGAAGACAUAAAAAGGAAACCAGUAGACAGGAAUGUAUCGAUGAAGUGCAAACAGACUGUAACUUGUCUUGUGAUGAGACGUCUUCUGAAAAGCUAUGUAUAAUCUGCAUUUCAAGGCUACGGGACUGUGUGAUACUGCCUUGUGGACAUGUAUGCUGCUGUUUUCUGUGCUAUCAGGCUCUACCAAAUCACCGGUGCCCCAUUUGUAGAUGCUGUAUACAAAGAGUAGUUCCUCUGUACUAGAAUGCAAGGUGUAUUUGCCUAAGAGUCUGAAAAGAUGAGCCACUUAUUUCUGGAAAUGAGACUCAAAAGGUAUCCAAGGCUAAAGAAAUGUUCUUUGGUGUAGAUAAUUGUAAAUAUAAUAAAAUGCUUUCUGUACCUAAUUUUCGUAGAGUAACCCCUUUUAAAUGGGUACUUCGAUGGGAAAAAAAUGUUUUCAAAUCAACUGAUCCCAGAAAGUUAAACAGAAUUGAAAAAAAAUCUUAAUCCUUCCAGUACUUAUCAGCUCCUGUGUGCUCCACAGGAAGUUGAGUACUUCUUUUUAGUCUAACCACAGUGUUAUCUGCUGACACCUCUGUCCAAGUCAGGAACUGUCUGGAGCAGGAGAGGUUUGCUAUGGGGAUUUGCUUCUACUCUGGACAGUUGUGUCAGAUGUGUCAGCAGAGAGCACUGUGGUCAGACUGAAAAGAACAACUCAACUUCCUCUGGAGUAUACAGCAGCUGAUAAGUAAUGGAAGGGUUAAUAUUUUGUAAUAACAGGGAUUUACAAAUCUGUUGAAUUAAAAAUAUAAAAAAAAGUUUUCCACCUGAGUACCCCUUUAAAGGGGUACUCCACUGGAAAACAUUUUCUUUUAAAUCAACUGGUGUCAGAAAGUUAAACAGAAAUUUUAAAUUACUUCUAUUAAAAAAUCUUAACCCUUCCAGUACUUUUCAGCUUCUUUAUACUUCAGAGGAAGUUCUUUUCUUUUUGAAUUUCCUUUCUGUCUGACCACAGUGCUCUCUGCUGACACCUCUGUCUAUAUUAGGAACUGUCCAGAGUAGGAGGAAAUCCCCAUUGCAAACAUCUCCUGCUCUGGACCGCAGAGAGCACUGUGGUCAGACAGAAAGGAAAUUCUAAAAGAAAAGAAUUUCCUCUGUAGUAUAUAUCAGCUGAUUAGUACUGGGAGAGCUCUUAUUUUUCCAUCCACAUACCUAUAUGGAGGUUUGUUUUUGCACAACCAAUUGUAUUUUGUUAUGACACUAUCCACUUAACCAUAAAAUGUAUGGCACAACAAAUAUAUAUAUAAUUUGUGGAGGAAAAGUAAACCACAAUUUUGCUAUUGUGGAUUUUGUUUUUACGCAGUGCACUUUAUGGUAAAACCGACGUUCUCUGUUAAAUAAUACCCAUGUUUACAUGCUUUUUUAUUAUUAUAAUUCUUUUUUUUAAUGGUUUUUCUUAACAAAAUUAGUAUGUUUGAAAUUGGCCUAUUCGGACAUCCUAUAACUUUUUUUUUUUUGUAAAUAAUUUUUAUUGAAAUGUUUGUAAAUGUAUAUUAAGAACAUAUAGCAUCGUAAGAUGCAACAAGACUGCUUGCACAUACAGAGCAUAGUAAAGCAAUUAUCAAUUGAAAGCAGUAAAGAACUGUCAACCAGAACUUACAGUGGUACAUAAUCUUUUAGGUUUACACGAGUAAACAUCUCUCAAAUCCGGAAUGGCCUACAUUACAGUAACAAUAUCUAAUAAACAAUUA